AUGGUGUUCCGAGAUAUCCCCCUGAAUAUAAUGCCGAAAACGGGCCACCGUGAUGGUUCCAUAUACAAGUUCAACACCACACAUCAGUGGAAGAAACAAUACCGCAUCACGGACCGUGAUGAGACUUGUUUGGAGGCAAUGAUGUUAACAGAACCCACGGGUUGCUUCUUCCUCAAUGGAUAUUGCUUGUCGCAUGUACCUACUUGCAUGUUCCAAAUUUUCUCAUUGAAAUUGGCUGAAAUUUCUGUUGAUGAUGGGCUAGUACAGUUGUAUGGAUACAUAGCAGUGCGGGACGAUCUGGAUCCAUUGCUUAAUUAUAUUGCCAGUUUUACCAGGGAUGAUCCUAUCAUCGUGAAACAGGGUUCGCUCAUCACCAUGACUGGCCCUAAGCGAGGGAUAGAUUUUUGUGACAAUAUUGCAAUUGAAUAUGACAUGAGGAUCAAGACAAGUGAACAAGAAAAUCAUGAUCUACAACUGAUUGAUGGUGCAUCUGCAAUAGGCAUCCCGGACUUAAGGAACUAUCAUGCACUCACAAAACGCAUCCAUGGUGAUUGUGGCGCGAUUGACAUAACAAUAUCACGUGUUGAGCAUGCCAUUGAGGCGACUGUGGAAGUUGUCAUAUCGGAAGUGCAAAGGAGUUUCCAAUUUUGUGUUGGUUGUUUUACUAGUGGGUUGGAUGAAGAAAUCCGACUCUUCGAUGGUAUCAUUGGUGGGUCACGAUGCUUAAAGAGGUCUGUAGUUGCUGUAGUGGUACGUUCUUGGAUGGAGUUGAAGUUCAAGGUAAGCCCGGACUCAUCAAAUUCGGCUGAACAUUGUUGUUCCUUCCGCGCGGACAGCCAUGGGCUUACUACUCAAAAGAUAAAGACUAAUCAUGCGUUAAUCUUGGUAAAGGUGACUUGGUCGCCUUUGCCUCUAGCUUUCUCUGGAAUAUCGGCGGCAGCGAUCUUAUCGCCGGCGAUCUCGUCCGAGAGCGCGCGCGGCACCGUCGUCAACCUCCAGCGCUCGCAGGAAGAAGUGAAAUGUAACUAUGUGGAAUGGGUAGACCCGGAGUGGUCAGUGGCUACGAAGUUCUGCCUGAGAGAACUGUGGAGCAUGUAUGACGAGAAGCUGAGACAGAAUAUUAAGAAUGCUGAAGAAAAAUGCAUGUUAAUUGGAGAAAAGAGGAGGACGGAGGAAGAGCUGAGAUUUUUCAAAAUGGACUUUGCUAAACUGGUGGCUGAUAAGGAGGAUGCUCUCACGCAGUUGGGCAAUGCAAGAUUGUCACUUAGCGAUCUCAAAGAGGAGCUGGAGAAGAAUAAGAUGGCAGAUCAUGGUUGUGCCAAUCUACAUCAGGUCCUGAGGGUAAAGGCUGAGAAAGACCGGGACCGGGUGGUGCUAGAGAGAGACCAAGUGAUGAGAGAGAGGGACCAGCUGAAGCAAGAGAAGAAAAAACUUGAGUAUAUUAUUGCAGAUUUUCUCAAACAGAAACAUGGGUACGUUGAUAAGAUCAAGAAGCUGAAGGAGAUUUGUGAUGAAUUUUAA